UUGAUGGAUAACAACACAGAAGGGACACAGUUUAUCCUGCUGGGACUAACCAAUGCCCCAGAGCUACAGAUCCCCCUCUUUAUCAUGUUUACUCUCAUUUACCUCAUCAAUGUGAUUGGAAACUUGGGGAUGAUGGUGUUGAUUCUGUUGGACUCUCGUCUCCACACUCCCAUGUACUUCUUCCUCAGUAACCUGUCUCUGGUGGACUUUUGUUAUUCUACAGCUGUCACUCCCAAGGUCAUGGCUGGAUUUCUUAUAGGAGAAAAGAUCAUCUCCUACAAUACAUGUGCUGCUCAGAUGUUCUUUUUUGUAGCCUUUGCCACUGUGGAAAAUUAUCUCUUAUCCUCAAGCUAUGACUGCUACGCAGCUGUGUGCAAACCCUUCCAUUACACCACCAUCAUGACAACAGGUGUGUGUGCUCAUCUGGCCAUAGGCUCCUACAUCUGUGGUUUCUUAAAUGCCUCCUUCCAUGUUGGGGACAUAUUCAGUCUGUCUUUAUGUAAUUCCAAUCUGAUCCAUCACUUUUUCUGUGAUGUUCCGGCAGUCAUGGCUCUCUCUUGCUCUGAGAAACAUGUUAGUGAGGUGGCUCUUGUUUUUAUGUCAAGCUUUAAUGCCCUUUUUGCUCUUCUGGUUAUAUUGAUUUCCUACCUAUUCAUAUUUAUAACCAUCUUGAGGAUGCAGUCAGCUCAAGGGCACCAAAAGGCUUUAUCCACCUGUGCUUCCCACCUCACUACAGUGUCCAUCUUUUAUGGGACAGUCAUUUUCAUGUACUUACAGCCCAUCUCCAGCCAUUCCAUGGACACAGACAAAAUGGCAGCUGUUUAUUUUAUGAUCAUCCCCAUGUUGAACCCUGUGGUCUAUAGCCUGAGGAACAAAGAGUUCAAGUGUGCAUUCAAGAAGGUGUUGGAAAAAGCAAAUUUUUCUAUAGGAUUGGCAAUUUAA